AUGCAACAACGACACCUAAUCUUUUUCGCUUCAUUGUUUACAGCUAUUUCUACGACACAAAUAAACUAUUUUGAAGCUAUCGCAAAUUUACCAAUUGUUCCUGAUCCAGUCACUAUUUUCGAUACUCUAAUCAUAUUAUGGACUAAUGUUACGGAUUGUCCGCAACCAUCAUGUGAAUGUGUUGUGCAAGCCAACGUCACCACUGAUAAUGGGACAUAUACUGUAGAAUUUUCGUCUAUGACACCGAAUAUUGGUUCUGUUAGCGUCAGCGAUCUUAAACCAGAUACAUUAUAUUCAUUCACAUUAACUUGUACCGGCACUGAUGACAAUGCUACGCGCCUCAUUCGAACAGAUUAUGGUCGUCCAUCAGCACCACAAAAUAUCACGGUUACACUUGUUUCUGAACGUUUAAGAAUAUCCUGGUUACCGCCUGCAGUGCCGAAUGGACCGAUUCAUAAUUAUAAACUUACUAGAGACAGAGAAACUAUUUCAGACAAAAUACCAAACAGUGAAUCAUCGUAUGACAUGACAAAAGACUAUGUUUACGGAGAAACAGAUACUUUUUUUCUCUCAGCUUGUAAUAUCAAUGGAAAAAAUGACACAGUUUGUUCAAGUCCGAAUGACGGUGAAGUUAGUUUUUUUUUGCCCGCAGCAACAACAACAAGUUCCCAACAGACAACUACACUCGGAAAUGCUUCAAACAUUUUAUCUUCUUCAAGACUUUUGGCGAUUUUGAUGUUUUGCUUUUUUCUAGUCAAGCUAUGGACUAAUGUUACAGAUUGUCCGUCAUCAUCAUGCGAAUGUUCUGUUCAAGCCAACAGGACAGGCUUCAAUUAUCCCUUUCCGGCCCGCUGUUUGGAAAUUGCCGUACCCCCCCUAGGGGAAAAUGUUGCCAUAUGGCAACACCGGGCCGGAAAGGGUUAUACAGAUUGUGCAGUGUUUUCCUCUGAUACCACAAGUAUUGGUUUUGCGCUUAUCAAGGAUCUUGAGCCAGAUACAAUGUAUUCAUUCACAUUAUUUUGUGGUGGAACUGAUGAGACUAUCACACGUCACAUCCGAACAGUUUAUGGUCGUCCCUCACCACCGCGAAAUAUCACAGCUACCCUUGUUUCUGAGCGUUUAAGAAUAUCCUGGUUACCGCAUUCAGUGCCGAAUGAACCGAUUCAUAAUUAUAAACUUGCCAACGUUAUUUCUGGGACGAAAAUCAACUAUUUUGAAGGUCGGAUAGAUGAGAUAUUUCUUCCUGAUCUAGUCACUAUUUUCGAUACUCUAAUCAUAUUAUGGACUAAUGUUACGGAUUGUCCGCCACCAUCAUGUGAAUGUGUUGUGCAAGCCAACGUCACCACUGAUAAUGGGACAUAUACUGUAGAAUUUUCGUCUAUGACACCGAAUAUUGGUUCUGUUAGCGUCAGCGAUCUUAAACCAGAUACAUUAUAUUCAUUCACAUUAACUUGUACCGGAACUGAUGACAAUGCUGCACGCCUCAUUCGAACAGAUUAUGGUCGUCCAUCAGCACCACAAAAUAUCACGGUUACACUUGUUUCUGAACGUUUAAGAAUAUCCUGGUUACCACCUGCAGUGCCAAAUGGACCGAUUCAUAAUUAUAAACUUAUUAGAGACAGAGAAACUAUUUCAAGCAAAAUACCAAACAGUGAAUCAUCGUAUGAUAUGACAAAAUAUUAUGUUGACAGAGAAACAGAUACUUUUUUUCUCUCAGCUUGUAAUAUCAAUGAAAAACAUGACACAGUUUGUUCGAGUUUGACUGACGGUAAAGUUAGUUUUUUUUUGCCCGCAGCAACAACAACAAGUUCCCAACAGACAACUACACUCGAAAACGCGUCAAAUAUUUUUUUCUCUUCAAUGGUUUUGACCAUAUUGAUUUUUUGCUUUUUUUCUAUUCAUGUAAAUCGCAUGUAA